CGAGGUGUGGCCGUCGAGGCAACGCCUCUUCUUUAGGCUAUAUAACAGCUCCUUCCCAUACAAUGGUUUUGCAGAAGUGGACUACGUUUUGCAGCAUCACUUUUCUCUUCAACGCCUAUCUCUUUGCACAGAAACCGCAGCGUGCCAAUCAGAACCAUGGUGUCCCACAAAGAGUUCCAGACUGCAGGCAAGGAGCCGGGUCUGCAGGUGUGGCGGGUGGAGAAGAUGGACCUGAAGCCUGUUCCUAAACAGCUCCAUGGAAACUUCUUCACCGGGGAUGCCUAUAUUGUGCUGUACACCACUCCUGCCCCCUCCUACAACAUCCACAUGUGGCUAGGCAGUGAGAGCUCCCAGGAUGAGAUGGGAGCUGCCGCCAUCUUUACCACCCAGCUGGAUGACUUUCUGGGCGGUGCGCCGGUUCAGUUUCGUGAAAUCCAGGACAACGAGUCUCUCACCUUCCUGGGUUACUUCAAGUCUGGCGUCAAGUACCAGAAAGGAGGAGUAGCCUCUGGCUUCCAGCACGUGGUGACCAACGACAUGAACGUCAAGCGCUUGCUGCAAGUCAAGGGCCGCCGAGCAAUCAGAGCCACGGAGGUUGCCAUGUCCUGGGCCAGCUUCAACCAGGGAGACUGCUUCAUCAUCGACCUGGGCAAGGACAUCUACCAAUGGUGUGGCAGCGAGUGCAACCGCUUUGAGCGCUUGAAGGCAGCUCAGGUGGCCAUCGAUAUCCGUGACAACGAGAGGAACGGCCGUGCCAAGCUGCAGAUGAUUGAGGAAGGAGACGAGCCACAGGCCGUCACAGAUGCUCUCGGACCCAAGCCCAACAUCCCUGCCGGAAGUUCCGACGACGAAACUGACCGAGGCAGCAAACAAGGAUCCCUCUACAUGAUCUCGGAUGCUGCCGGCUCUUUGAAGUCAUCACUGGUGGCCCAGGCCAGUCCCUUCAGACAGGAAAUGCUGUCGCCUAGCGAAUGCUAUAUCCUGGAUAACGGAAUGGACAGCAAGAUCUUUGUAUGGAAAGGACCAAGUGCCAGUGAAGCGGAACGCAAAGCUGCCAUGAAGGCUGCCGACCAGUUCAUCAAAGAGAAGAACUACCCAAGGCUGACCCAGAUCCAGGUCAUGCCAGCAGGGGCCGAGACGACCCUAUUCAAGCAGUUCUUCUCCAACUGGAGGGACAAGGACCAGACCACCGGCCCCGGGCGGGCCUACACCGUCGGCCGUAUCGCCAGCGUGAAGCAGGUCCCAUUCGACGUGUCCAGCCUGCACGGCAACAAGGCCAUGGCGGCCCAGCACAACAUGGUGGACGACGGCUCCGGAAGCAUUCAGGUCUGGCGUAUCGAGGGGGGCGAUAAGGUCCCAGUGGAUCCCUCCAACUACGGCCAGUUCUUCGGAGGGGACUGUUACCUGGUGCUGUACACCUACCGCCAGGGAAGCAAGGAGAAGCACAUCAUUUAUACCUGGCAAGGCCUGAAAUGUACCCAGGACGAGCUGGCUGCCUCUGCCUUCCUCACUGUCCAACUGGAUGACUCCAUGGGAGGCAUGCCUGUCCAGGUCCGUGUGACCCAGGGCCAGGAGCCGGCCCAUCUCAUGAGUCUGUUCAAGGGGAAGCCCAUGAUCAUCCACUUGGGCGGAACAUCCCGGAAGGGCGGGCAAAGCCGCGUGGCCGCGACGCGCCUCUUCCACAUCCGUCAGAGCUCCACCAGAGCCACGAGGGCCGUGGAGGUGGAGCCUACCGCAGCCUCCCUGAACACCAAUGACGUGUUUGCCCUGAAGUCCCCUCAGUCUACCUUCCUCUGGAGAGGUAUGGGGGCCAGCGAAGAGGAGAUGACCGCCGCCAAAUAUGUCGCCAACUUCCUAGGAGGGAGCGCCACUGAGGUGUUGGAGGGCAAAGAACCUGCGGGGCUCUGGUCUGCCUUGGGUGGGAAGAAGGAAUAUCAGACUUCCAAGAGUCUCCAGAAGACGGUGAAGCCCCCUCGCCUGUUUGGCUGCUCCAACAAGAUCGGCAGGCUCGUAGCUGAGGAGGUGCCUGGGGAUAUCGCUCAGUCGGACUUGGCAACCGACGACGUCAUGCUCCUGGACACCUGGGAUCAGGUCUUCAUCUGGAUCGGCAGAGAGGCCAAUGAGGUGGAGAGGACUGGAUCAGCAAAAAUUGCCAGCGACUACGUGGGCUCCGACCCCUCUGGGCGGCGCAAUAUUCCCAUCGCCACCAUCAAGCAGGGCGCUGAGCCUCCCACCUUCACCGGUUGGUUCCAGGCCUGGGAUGCCAACAUGUGGGACACAGACCCUCUGGAGCGCAUCCGGGCCCGCUUCUAAGAAGCCACACGCACAGUCGCUCCCUACACGCAAGGCUUCACCGCAUAAUCCAUGUAUUCCUGAACUUAAACCAGCAAGGCAAAGACAUCAGCAAGCAAAUAAUGGUUAUAACACAGCUUCAGUCGGGCAUAUGAGCAGUAUAGUGACGAAAGGCUAUGUAUUGAACAUAUGUUGCAAUAUAUAUUGUUUACUGAUUGUAAAACAAGAUUUUUAAACAUAGGUAAACAUAGAUAUGUCUUCUUUAUAAACCAAAGUGCCAUUGAUCUCAUUCAGAAGUACAAAAGGGCAUAGCAAAAUAUAUUAGGCCGACUUUUUCUGUCAAAUGUGAAUGUGGUCUUAAGGAUUUAGAUUCUAAAACGUUUUAUACAAAUGUAAAACUGACCUUUCUUACUUUCAUGGAAUAGAAGUUUACUUUGAUAUUGUGACUAAUAAAGUUUUCACUUUCAAAGAAAAA